AUGAAAAUCUUGGAUGACAUCAAAUAAUAGGUGGAGAAGGAGAUGUUAAAGUUUGAUCCUCGCCUAGCUUAAAAGAAAUAUCUAAAGAUGACAGAAUCUAUUAAGGAUUUGUUUUUAAAAGCUGUGGUUUCUGAGAAGUAAUCUAUCAAAGCGGUGCUAUUGAUAUUUAUUAUAUUAGGCUGCCAAUUCAAUAGGUAUUAAUUACUCAUCGGCCAAGGCAAUUUGGGCAGAAUUUAGAAGGAAGAAAUAGAAGAAGAAGAAGAGUAACAAAGAAGAAUCAGAUUAGAAAAAAGAAAAUCCACUAGUCAAGCGAUGUUCAUAUAAAAUAUUGAACGGUUGUAAUAAGAUUAAGAAAUUUUUUAUGGAAAUAAAAUCCUCUGUCUCAUAGAAUUUGAAUUCAACACAUUACUGUAAGAUGGACCCUCACAUUUGAAUAACAAAUUAUAUAAUUAUAUUUAGAGUAAAUAAUUCUCUCACAACAAUUUUACUUUAUUUCUAAUUAGUUGUUAAUUAAGGGACUGCAAAACUAAAAUAAUAAAUUAUGUAGUUACUAUUAAUAACAAAAAACUUGCAAGAAACCAAAGAAAUCUAAAGAUUAUGAAAUUUAAUUGCAUUUGCAUAAAUAAUCAUUAGCCUGUAGUAUUGAUAAUAGCUGAUCAAACAGAAAUGUGA